AUGGUGGUUACGCUCUUUGAGCCUGAGCGCAAUGCGUGGCUAUCAAAGAUGCCGCUGAACAAAAAUGUCACUGUGAACGGCCUAAGCCCCCUUUUCCCUGUGGCAGCAUGUGAUGAUGCCGGUGACGUAUGCUUGAUUACUACAGGUGAGGGUGAGAUCAACGCAGCUUCGAGCAUGUCAGCCUUGGUGUACAGUCCCGCAUUUAAUUUGUCCCAAACCUAUUUUGUGGUUAACGGUAUUGCAGGGAUCAAUCCAGAGAUGGGGACGUUAGGCAGUGUUGGCUUUCCCCGCUAUGCUAUUCAGGUUGGUCUUCAGUAUGGUUUAGAUGCGCGUCAGAUGCCUCAGAACUGGACGUACAGCUUCUGGAAUUAUGGUACUGAUAAGCCUGGUGCGUCGGCUGCUUGGUACUACGGUACGGAGCUUUUCGAAGUCAACACCAACCUCCGUGAUAAGGUAUUUGAUCUCAUCAAGGAUGUGCGUCUGAAUGAUACGGAGCCUGCCCAAAAGAAUCGAGCAAGGUACCCAUCGUCACCGGCGAAUGCCACGCCGACGGUAUUCAAGGGUGAUGUUACGACCAGUGAUUUGUACUUUGGUGGUCACGUCUUUGGCGAGAUGGUAUCGAACUUAACGGCCACUCUCACGAACAACACGGGCUCUUAUGCACUUACCGCACAGGAGGACAACGCUGUUCUGGAAGUGCUUACGCGCGCCCACAAGGCUGGUUUUGUGGACUACGGCCGUGCCAUUAUGUACCGUUCUGCGAGUGACUUUGAUCGUGCGCCGGAUGCCAAAGAUGAUUUCGAGACAUUUAUUUGGACUACGAAGCAGGACGACCUGAUUGUUCCCUCCCUGGAAAACCUCUACAUUGUGGGUCGGCCCAUUGUUGACGCAAUUGUGGGCAACUGGACGCAAUGGGCGCAAGGCGUUCCACCCCAAAACGGUACCGCUUAUGGUGACGUAUUCGGUACUCUGUUGAGCCUCCGUGCCGUUGAAUGGAUUGAUCCUUCCGGCAAGCAUCGCCAGUGGGAAUCAGCAGAUCGGCGAACACGGAAAGGCGAUACAGAUGCGGUGGCGAUUCUCACCGUGAUCAAACGCCCUUCCACGCCACCUCAUACACUUUUGGUAAGCCAAUUUCGACCGCCUGUCGGCCAAGUCGUGAUUGAGCUUCCUGCGGGGCUGAUUGAUGCCGGUGAGGAAGGCGAAGAAGGCGCGAAACGUGCUGCGCUACGUGAGUUGGCUGAAGAGACAGGCUACAGUUCGGAGGCUCAGGGCGCUACAGUAUCCGUGCGCAGCAUUAGCGAUAUCAUCCACAACGACCCAGGUCUUACAGGUGCGAACAUGAAACUAUGCAUCAUUGAUAUCGCUCUGGAGGACGAUGCCCCUGAGCCUGUAUCGCAGCCUGAUGAAGGCGAGUAUAUCGACCUGCACCUCGUGCCUCUCCACUCGCUUCAGUCACAUUUGCAAGAUUUUGCCCACAAAGGCUUUGCUAUUGAUGCGCGUCUCUCGCAUUUGGCAGCGGGGCUAGCGCUGGCCGCGCAGCUGGCAUGA